GGGGAGGCAGGAGGGAUGGACAGUUGCUCAAAAGCUGAUUGUACUGGCUGGCUUUCCUAUCAGGGCAGCUCACACGCAUCCAAAUCCCAGAUUAAACACCCCCAACUCUCUUUCCAACCAGCAGCACUCCUACAAGUCCCUGCCCCCUCUCUUCCUCCUUGUGUAACUGUACUGAGCGUGGAUUACCAAACUCUGAAGCAAAGCAGGGGCUCUGACAGGCUCCGAACAGAAUGGUGGUUUCAUCCCAACAUCACUGGGAUCGAGGCAGAACACCUGCUCCUGACACGGGGCGUCCAUGGCAGCUUUCUAGCAAGACCCAGCAAGAGCAACCCAGGAGAUUUCACUCUCUCUGUCAGGAGGAUCGAUGAGGUCACCCAUAUUAAAAUCCAGAACUCGGGGGACUAUUAUGACCUGUACGGAGGGGAGAAGUUCGCCACACUGGCUGAACUGGUCCAGUACUACACCGAGCAGCACGACCUCCUGCGGGAACGCAAUGGAGAUGUCAUCGAGCUGAAAUACCCCCUCAACUGCAAAGACCCCACGUCUGAGAGGUGGUAUCAUGGACAUCUCUCAGGGAGAGAUGCUGAAAAGCUUCUUACGGACAAGGGCAAAUCCGGCAGCUUCCUGGUGAGAGAGAGCCAGAGUAAACCGGGAGACUUUGUGCUUUCCGUCCUCACUAAUGAAGAGAAGCAUGAAAACGUAGACCGCAAGACUAAAGUUACCCAUGUCAUGAUCCGUUAUCAGGAUGGAAAAUAUGAUGUAGGAGGAGGGGAGAGGUUUGACACAUUGGCAGAUUUAGUGGAGCAUUAUAAGAAAAACCCCAUGGUUGAGAAGAGUGGAAUUGUUGUACACCUUAAACAGCCAUUCAAUGCCACAAGGAUAAAUGCAGCGAACAUUGAAAACAGGGUACGGGAAUUAAAUAAAGUAGCUGACAACUCGGAGAAACCCAAGCAAGGCUUCUGGGAAGAAUUUGAGGUUUUACAGCAGCAAGAAUGUAAACUCCUUUACCCCAGGAAAGAGGGGCAGAGACCAGAAAAUAAAAACAAGAACAGAUAUAAGAACAUACUACCAUUUGACACCACUCGAGUGCAGAUCAAGGAGGCGGAUCCCGACGUGCCAUGCUCCGAUUACAUCAACGCUAACUAUAUCCGAAGCAUGAAUGAAGAAGGGCGUCAUAUGGAUGAAAGUAAAGUGUUCAUCGCCACUCAGGGCUGCCUGCAGAACACUGUCCUAGACUUCUGGAAAAUGGUGUACCAGGAAAACACUCAUGUUAUUGUCAUGACAACCAAGGAGAUGGAGAGAGGACGGAAUAAGUGUGUGCGGUACUGGCCGGACUUAAAUUCAACAAAGGAGUUUGGGAAGGUGUGCGUGAAGAACAUUGAGGAACACACAGCUCAGGACUACAUACGACGAGAGCUUGAAGUCACACGUCUAGACAGGAGAGAGCCUCCCAGGUGUAUCUGGCACUAUCAGUACCUGAGCUGGCCUGAUCACGGAGUUCCCAAUGAACCCGGAGGAGUCUUGAGCUUCCUAGAGCAAGUCAACAGAACCCAGAGUGCCCUUCCAGAGAGUGGACCGAUAGUGGUUCACUGCAGUGCGGGGAUUGGAAGAACAGGCACAAUUAUUGUAAUUGACAUCCUUAUUGAUAUCAUAAACAGACAAGGGUUGGAUUGUGAUAUCGACAUCCCAAAGACCAUUCAGAGAGUGCGCCAGCAACGAUCCGGUAUGGUUCAGACCGAGGCCCAGUACAAGUUCAUCUACAUGGCUGUUCAGCAAUACAUUGACACCGCUCAGAAGAGACUGGAAGAGGAGCAGAGGAAUAAAACAAUGGAGAGAGAGUACUCUAACAUCAAGUACCCACAGAUGUCAAAUGCCAGAGCCAAGCCAAACAUGAGCUCGUCUCGCUCUUCAUCUGUAGUGAACGAUGACUCUGGCAUUUAUGAGAAUUUGAACAUCAAAAAUCCAAAGGGCUCCACCAGCAGCAAUACCAGGAGAUAAGAUUCUGUAUGUGGGAUGCUGUCUCAGGAACUCUGGGAUUCCAGAGGUGCUGUGCAGAAGCACCUGAUCGUGGAGCAACACUGGAUUAAAGCACUGGGGGGAGGGGGGCACCAGCAGCACCUACAGCUGCUCGGCUAGAGAUUCCUGCGAAAUCUCCGACAGCUCCUCUCUUCAUUUCCUGACUUACUACGUCUAAGAAACUCACACUCCAAAACCAAGUGCCUAAGCAGCAGCUGAAAUUGUUCCCGCAAAGGGCGCGUGACUUGGUGCUUUCUCUCCCCACUUCUUGUCUAACAAGCCUCUCUACGUACACUGCACUAAGCUACAUGAUGGUUUGUAUACGUUUGAAAUAUAUAUGAAAUAUGAAUAUUUACACUCAGUGAUUUAACUUCGGAUGAAGCUACGCUCUUUCCAUGCGGUCUACGGCUGUUUCCAGACCUUGCUUUGUCUACUGGAUGUCAUCUACUGUAACCAAAGGCCUUUGAUGUAUAUCUCAGAAGCAACAGUUAUUUGUGAUGCUUGUCAGUGAUGCUUGUGGCACGUUGAUAUAAAAAGAAGAGAAGUACAAUGCUCAGCGUCAAGAACCCCCCCUUUUCUUUUCAGAGCAUAUGAGAGGUGAUUGGUCAAAUAAAGUUCGACCAAUGAUUUGGAUACAAUAUGUAAGUAGGUGUUUUAAAUGGACUGAUCUGGUACAGUCUGGUCGAAUCUAUACAUUAUGUGCCAAUUAGCAGCCUGUACAUCAUAUUCAUAAAAGCUUCUGCGUUGAUGCUUUUUUAUUGAGCUUUGCCGCCAGGCUAAUGAACAGUUGGAGGGAGUCAAGUGCUACUGUCAAUCAAAAGCUUAUCAACCAAUCAGGCUGCCUCUUCAUCAAUGGGCUCCUUCCUCUAUGCGUCUGCUUUCUUGUUCUGAAAACAUCAGGUGAGCCUUUAUUAGGAAGGGUUUUGUUGGUUUGUUAAGAGUCAUUUUGUUUGCAACUAUGAUUCCCUUAGAGCAAUUGUAUCUUUUCUUUGUGAUAUUUGUGAAUGUGAAUAUGAAAUCUAGGCCUGGCAUUUUUUUAAUAUUAUGCAUUUCUUGUUUUCUUGGCAAUUAUUCCACGUUUUCCUCCUAAGAGACGCAUUAAGAUCUUUUAUCACAUAUAAACAGGGUAUGUGUGUUUUACGGUGUUAUAAAUGGGCUGAUAAAGCUCUUUACGUCAAUAGUGGGUUGUGAUUGCACUGAGGAGGCCUUCAAUUUUUUUUACGUUAAAUGAAAACCGUGGUGUUACAAAACCUCUACAAGAGAGGGGGGAAUGUCAGGAUGCAUUUCGUUGGAGACUUUGACUAAAAAGGAGACAGGCCAGAUGGCCUGCAGCUAAGAUUAAAGAAAUAGAUUUGUGUAGGGCGAAAAAAGUAAUUUAAAACAUGGCCGUAAUCCACACGUAGCUAUUAUUAGGUGAGCUCAGCAGUGAUGUCAUAAGAUGUUAUAUAUACGCUACCAGGUCAGUAAGGGUUUGGGGUCAGUAAGAUUUUUUUUGAUGGUUUUUUUUUUUUUUGGAAACUAAUACUUUUAUUUAGCAAUGAUGCAUUAAUUUAUCAAAAGUGAUAAAUAAACAUAUUUAUAAUAUUUAAAAAAUGUUCUAUUUUAAAUGAAAAAAUAAAUACAUUUGUUAUUGUAUCCAUCAAAGAAUCCUGAAAAAAAAAAUUUAACUGCACAACCUUAGUUUUUAACAUUUGAUGAUAAUAAAACAUAAAUCAUGUGAUACUAAAAAACUGGGGUAAUGGCUGUUUUACUUGCACAGGAAUAAAUUACAACUUAAAGUAGAUUCAAAUAGAAAAUAGUUAUUUUCAGUUGUAACAAUAUUUCACAGUAUUUUUGUUUUGGUCAGAUGAAUCAGGUAAUAUGUGCAGCCUAUAUUUGAUCAUAUAUUCAGCCUUGGUGAUCAUUAGAGACAUUUAAAAAUCUUACCGACUAAAAACUUUUGAGUAGUAGUGUACAUCUUGGCUUAGAUGAAGCAGGGCGUAAUGUAUGUGAUUAAUCAGCGUGUGACUGUGGAAGUGGUGUUAGUUUUGGCCACAUGGGGGGAUCUGUGAUGUCAUGAUCGGAAGGGCUACCGUACAUGUUCAGAGAGAGGCCUGGGUCUGCUUUUUUUGCACUUGAAUGGAUGAAAUGUUUGGGUUUUAUACUAAAGUAUGAGUUUGUUAAACGGCCCAGAAAGUAAAAGCAAUGCCACUGCAUAUGAUAAUCAUUAUCCAUGGAAUGACUGACUGAUUGAAUGAAUUUGUGAUUUAUGAACCUGAUCGUGUGACAGCAAUGUACUACUGGCAUCUGAAACGCUUGGAAGCUGUUUGUCUGCUGUUUAAAUUAGAUUUAUUUCAAACUCUGUGAAAAUGUGUAAAGGGUCAAAAAUGUAAUCACAUAUUAAGACUUGAAUUUCAGUUUGAACUGCUGCAAGGUAGUGUCUAUGGCUGUCAGAAUGUCCUUUUGUUCGGAGGUGUAUAUAAUGACUACUUUUUGUUCAUAUGCUAUCAGUGUGGUGUUUUGCGUUACAGAUCAAUCUUUUUUUUUUUUUUUUUGUGGUCAGUUGAUUUGUUGUAAAUUAAAUAUUUUAUUUGUUUGUUAAUACAGUGAUGGAAAUAUUCACAGCCGUUUUGCAUAUUAUUUUAGGAUGAUGUUAACAUUGUUAUUACUACUACAGUUAUACAAAACAUCAACAGUUACAAAGCUUUCUGCUUGCAUUAUCACAAUUUCACACACACAAAAAAAGUCUUCUCUUUAAAUUUACUUGAAUACUAUGUUGGUGGGUUUUUUUAUUAUCUCAGUUGAUGAUCAGUAGGUUUGAUCUGAAUCGUGUCGUGGUGAUUGUCCUUGUGUGAUAAAGACUGUGUUCCCUCUUGCACUGGUUCAGCCUAAAAUGCCUUCUGCCCUGAAAGACACAACUGGUGUAAAAACUUGCAUUUCAAAUGACAAUACAGGAAUAGUUAUUGCAUAAUAAAGCAUACACUGGGAACUUUCAA